CUACAAGUUCAUUGAAAUGUAUUAUGCAGUUCUAUAGUUGAAACAGCAAAACAUUGAUUGAAAUUUUUAGUUGAAAAAAAAUUAUCUACGGUACUUGAUUUCAUUCAUUUUUUAAAAAGUGGUGGUACUCAUUCAUUCGUGUAAAAUAUUUAAGAUACUUAUGUGUAGUGUAAAUACCAAAAUAACUUUGAACGUUCAAAGGCUUGAUUCAUUUAAAUCUGUGUUCUGUUCUUUUAAGUGAACUAAUAUUAUGCAUCUCGUUAUCUAACGUUGUUUCGUAUUUAUUGGUGCAUCAUUGAUCAUUUUCGUGUUGUAUUUGAAAUCCAAUGGGCCAAGUAUCGAUUUAUUUUAAACUAAAGUGAUAGGUACCUAUAUUUACGGAACCAACUGCCAAUUAAAUUGAAGAAUAUGAAGAAAACUAAAACGAGAUAUCUGAAAUAAGUGUAAUAUUGAAGUACCAGUACCAAAUAUUCCUAAUACGUGAAUACAGGAACAGUCAAUGCGACCUAUGAAAUGAGAUAAGCCAUUGAAAAGCCUCAGGAUUUAAAUCAACGUCCAUACAGAUAGACAAUUGAAAAUUCUCAGUACUCAAAUCAACGUCUAAAAUUAAACAAUUAAUCUAACCUCGAAAAUGUAUUGCAAAAUGUUUCUUCAUUCCACUGUUUCUAUUCUAAUUUCGAUUUUUCUAAACACAGUCUUGAUAGUAGAAUCUGCUAAAAUACUGGGGAUUUUCGUAUUACAAAGCAAAAGCCACCAUUCAAUUAAUCAACCAAUCGUCAAAGGUUUAGCAGCUAGAGGUCACGAGGUCACUAUUAUCAGUCAUUUCAAAUCAAACGAAUCGAUACCAAACUACAGCGAGAUUUUACUGCCGAAUAGUCUUCAGGACUUCAUUGACGCUAUCUCUAUCGAAGAUAGCGUCAACUUUUCAGGACUAUGGAAUUACAUCGCGGCUGUUCGCGGUAUAGAAAGUUCAUCCUGUGAUCAAGUUUUCGGUUUAGAUUACGUAAAAAAAUUGAUUAAUUCGAACGAAAAAAAGAUAGAUUUAAUUAUCGCCGAAGUUUACCAUUUACAAUGUUACCAUUUACUAGCGUAUAAAUUAAAUGCACCCUUGGUACUGGUUUCGCCACCGAGUAUUCUUACUGGAGUGGAUUACUUCGUUGGUAAUCCAUAUAAUCCGUCUUUUACGCCGGUUGUUGUCAGUAUGUUUACGACAGAAAUGAGUUUUAUGCAACGAGUCGAGAAUGCGUUUCAAUACGUUGCGCUGUAUUGGUACCAAAUUUACAAGUUUAACGAAAAUAUGGAUAAGUAUGCUCGAGAAGUUUUCAAUAUGGAGUUACCGCCGAGUGAAGAGUUGAAUAGAAGAACUGCUUUGGCGUUUUAUAAUAACCAUUUCAGUUUCAUCGCCAGACCGAAAUCUCCUAAUGUGAUUGAUAUUGCUGGAAUACAUAUCAAGGAGCCGAAGAAAUUACCGAAGGAUAUAGAAGAUUUCAUCGAAAACUCACCCCAAGGCGUAAUCCUGUUUUCUUUCGGUACCACUAUCAAAGCAAGCAGUAUAUCUGCUGAAAAACUCCAAGUGAUCAAAGAAGCAUUUUCUUCAAUCCCUCAAAGGAUCCUUUGGCGAGUGAACGAAUUAAACAUAACCGAUGUCCCAACCAAUGUCAAAUUAGGCAAAUGGUUCCCCCAAAGAGACAUUCUAGAACAUAAAAACGUUAUCGCCUUCAUCAGCCAUUGCGGUUUAUUCGGAACCAUGGAAGCUAUUCACACAGCCACUCCAGUCAUUGGAAUACCUUUCAUGUUCGAUCAAGUUCAAGAUGCCAACAUCUUAGUCGAAAAAGGAGUCGGUGUCUACGUGGAUUAUCACACCAUGGACAAAACUACCCUCACAGAUGCCAUUAAAGAAGUUAUAACCAACACCAAAUAUCGUGAAAAUAUGCAAAAGUUAUCAAAAAUAUUCAGAGAUAGGCCAAUAGCUCCUCUAGACGAAGCCUUAUAUUGGUCCGAAUACGUUUUAAAAUAUAAAGGAGCUCCUCAUAUGAGAACUACAGCGGCAGAUAUGCCAUUAUACCAAUACUUACUCUUGGAUGUGAUUUUAUCAGUCAUAUGCCUUUUCUUAGCUGUGAUAUAUUCACUCAAAUACUUAUUUAAAGUCAUCAUUUCAACGCUAUGUGACCGGAAUCCAAAGAAGAAGAAAAAUAAAACGUAUUAAAGCUCAAGAACGUGAACCUGUAUACGAUAUUAAUGUAAUUUAGUUACCCCAAAAUCAAAAAUUUCCUAUUAGUAAUAAAUAAAAAAUUCCACUCCCUAUUUAAAA